AUUUCAGUUUGCUAGAGGACCAUUUUUAAUCUAAAUGGAACCACCCCUUUUGCUUUCUUAGCCAAAUCACCAAAAUGUCCAGUUAGAACAAGAAUUUAGCAUCCUGCAAAAGAAGUUAACAGCUGAGUGGUAAAAAGGAAACAUUCUGAAAUGGAUUCCAAGUAUUUCAUCUUAAUUUUGUUUUGUGGAUACCUGAACAAUACAUUUUCCUCAGAGACAAAUGCAAAUGCAACAGAGUCACAACCACAGUCUGCUUUACUUAGCUCACCAAUGCCAUAUGUCUUGGCUAAUUCUCAAAACACAACAGGGAACCCUUUGGGUCAAUCAACACAACUCAACGACAUUUCUUCUGGACCAUCAACUACCAAAGUUGCUGCUGGACAACCAACAGCAGCUGCUGUUGGAAAACCAGCAGCACAUACUACUGCUGGACAACCAUUUACCUAUAACAUCACCAGACAACCAACACCCACGGCCAUAACCAUCUCCCAACAAACAGCACAACCUGUGUUCACCUCUGGCAGACAACUACCAACAUCUGCCCAUACUUCUAUCAGACAACCGCCACCAUCUGUCUAUCGAUCCACUCAUCGACCAUCGUCUGUUCACACCUCUUCUGGAAAACCAGUACCACCGACUAUUCAAAAUCUAUCCAUACAACCAACACCAGCUGUCAAAAGUGCACCUAGGUUUACACCAGGAUUCAUCACAGAAGAUACUGGUAACACACAAAUGCCACAUAAAAGCAAUUCUAAUUCAACAGCUGCCAUAAUAGUUGGUGUAAUUCUGGUUUCUAUGUUGGUAGCUAUUAUCAUGAUUGUACUAUGCAAAUGCUUGAGAAAACCAGUUUUAAAUGACCAAAAUUGGGCAGGCAGAUCUCCAUUCGCUGAUGGUGAAACCCCUGAUAUAUGUUUGGAUAACAUCAGAGAAAAUGAAGUAUCCACAAAACGUAAAUCAAUUAUUUCACUUAUGGCCUGGAAACCAGGCAAAAGCACACUUUUAGCAGAUGACUUAGAAACUAAGUUGUUUGAAUCAAGUGAAAACAUUGACGAUUCCAACAACCUCAAAACAGAGAAAAUAAAAGAUCAAGGAAAUGGUACAUCUGAGGAUAGUGCUGGUGGAUCAACAAUUGGCACUGCCGUUUCUUCAGAUGACGCAGAUCUGCCUCCUCCUCCUCCCCUUCUUGAUUUAGAAGGACAGGAGAGUAACACAUCUGACGAACCCACAAUGACAACGACAACGGUAUCUCCUCUUCCAAAUGAUUCCACCAAUCUCCCACCACCUCUGGACUGUCUCAGUCAAGUCUGUGAAGAUCAUAAUUCUGAGUACGAACAGUCACUUCCGCCUCCCCUUGACUCACCUAAUUUGACCCUGCCACCAGAUUUGAUGAAAACCCUGGAAGAUUCCAACAAUGAGAUUCAAUGUCAGGAGUUAUGUAUUCUUCCUAACUCUGAGCAAGAUCUCAAUGAAUCCCUGCCACCCCCACCUGCAGAACUGUUAUAAACUUCAUAGCUUGCUUAUUAGCUGAUUUUUCAUCCUUUUCAAAGGACUCUCUAAAUUUUGUUUUUCUUCAUGUGAUGAAAGAUAUUAAGUGGCAACUGAUAGCCAAUUUUGAUUUUUAUUCAGGAACUACUUAAAAUCUGCUCAAAGCCCAUGUGCAUAGGUAAAGCUUAAUUUUUUUUUAAAUAUAUAACAGUGAUCUAUUGACUGGCUAUAGCCUCUAACUUUAAUGUAGAGUAUAUUUUACAUAUGUGGAUGGUAUAUGUGUCAAUAAUUUAACCAUUUUGGAAAUGAAUAACCUACGUAUACUUGGUAUCACCUAAUAGUUCCCCCCCCCCCCGAAAAGCUGUGUAUCAAGUUACCUUAAAUAAAUAAAAUUUUAUUUUUCCAUUUCAAAGUUUUAAACAAAACUCCAAAUUUUAAAUUAAUACCUCCAGUAUUAAAAUCAACAUUCUGAGUUCAUGGGGAUGAGUGAUUAAAAUGCAUGUUUAAAAAUGGAGAAAUUUCCUUUUAGCUCUCAUUGGAAAUAGUAAAGCAAACACACUAAAAUAUAAAAUUUGGGGGUUGGGGAAAUUUACUCAGGAAAAAAUGGGCAUGUACCAUAAAAUGUAGACAUUUUCCUACCUUAUUGGGGGAGCACAAAUUUUGAAACUAGCCUCUUUAUAUGCCUGAAGAACUCAAACAAAAUAAAAUUUUACAAAGAAAACAAAAACACUUCUAUGGCUUCCUUUCAAAUUUGGAUGAUUUUCCCAAGAAAAACAUACUGUAUCGAAAUACAGAUGGUUCUCAACUUUCAUUAAAUUCAUACUUGACAUUUAAGCACCAUACAUUUAAACUCUUUAACCAUCUUUCUUAUGAAGAAUUUCUUUUUAUCCAUUACCAGACAAGUGAUAAACCUGAGUUAUCAGAGUAGGAAUGAACCCAAUCUUUGUCAAAGCUGGAGUGUGUUCAGGGCCUACCCUUAUGCAGAUGUCAGCCAGGGCCCACAAUAGCGCUCCGUUGCCCAACAAGCAUAUAUUCACUCUCCUUACCUCCCUAACUCCUGGGGGAAAUAGUCACUUAGAAUGAAGUGUGGUGACCUUAUUGGUAGUUUAAUGUUGGAACCUCUCAUAGUUCUGGGAUUUUUCUGAACAAAAAUAGUAUUUAUUGUAGCAUGGUGUUCAAGAAACUAAGUUCCAUAUUUAAUAAAAACUAGCAGGCUUUUGGACACUGAAAUUUUACAUACAAUGUUUCUCUUUAAAUCUUUUAAGCCAUCCCUCAUUGACCAUUAAAAUAUUUUAUUUGCAGCCCUAACCGGUUUGGCUCAGUGGAUAGAGCGUCGGCCUGCAGACUGAAAGGUCCCAGGUUCGAUUUCGGUCAAGGGCAUGUACCUUGGUUGCGGGCACAUC